AGUUAGCAAAGUUAUUAGAGAACACUUUUAGUUAUAAAUACAAACGUCGCGGAAGGAUAACCAACAGAAACUUGAGAGUUGAAAGUUAUUAGAGAACACUAUUAGUUAUACAUACAUCGCGGAAGGAUAAUCAACAGAAACUUGACAUAGAGUGUAGUGAAGACAUUGUUUAUAGUGAAGUGAAUAUGGUAUCAUAUUAUCCUUCUGCUUAUAGGCAGCAAGGAAACGUACCAUCUCAAAGUGCGCAAAUGCACACAACAGCUCAAAUACAUGCUACUGCACAAAUGCAUUCAGCAGCCCAAUUAGCCCAUCCUGCAGCACAAUUACAUACAGCAGCUCAGUUGCAUCCAGCAGCUCAGUUGCAUCCAGCAGCUCAGUUGCAUCCAGCUGCACAGAUGCACCCAGCACAAAUACAUCCUUGGUACGCAGGAACCUAUCAUCACACACAAGCCCCACAGAUGUUACCGACAUCAUCUUAUUGCAUGCAAGAUGAACAGGCCUCCCAGGUAUGGCCGCACGGUGCACCACACGUUUUUCACCAGGAAUUCAUGGAUUUUAACUCCCUGCCCUUGCAACACAUGCAAGCGCAGUACCACCAGCAACAGAAUACGCAUCAGCAGCAUCAACAACAAACUCAAACUCAUAACCUGCACGCACAGCAACAACAAGCAUCACCCGCGAUUACGGUGUCCGGGAGCGACGUAUCGAGUCCUGGUACAGUCAGCGGAAACAUAUCCCCGCAGAACAUGCCGCAGAAUAAUAGAUCAACACAAGCCCGCAGCCCAUUCGAAUGGAUUAAAAAAACCGGAUACCAGAGUCAACCGAAUCCAGGGAAGACGAGAACUAAGGAUAAAUACCGCGUCGUCUACACGGAUCAUCAAAGGGUCGAAUUGGAAAAGGAGUUUUACUACAGCAGAUACAUCACGAUCCGUCGGAAAGCAGAGCUGGCAAAUACACUGGGCUUGUCGGAACGGCAGGUGAAAAUAUGGUUCCAAAACCGCAGAGCCAAGGAAAGGAAGCAGGGUAAGAAGCGCGAUGAGUUCACCCACAAGGAUAUCAUCCAGCUGCAGCAGUCCCAACAGAUCCAACAGCAUCAGCAACAAGGUAUUAUCGACCAGCAGAUUUCACCUCAACUAAUGUGACCCGUGCAACAUUUCUGGGAUGAUGACACGUACCCGAGUGCGCAGAGUGAUCACUGUUUUACAGGAAAUUCUUGAAUGUGUGUAAUAAAUGUUGUGCUUCAGACUUAUAAACGGUACCGUUUACAUCGAGAUUUUUAAUGGUGCAUUUCUUGCGGACGCUUUAAUUAAGAAAAUCAGCCUUUAACGAUAUAUUUUUUAAUACUAAAAACACGUUAUAUUUUAACCUUAUGUUAAUAUGGAAUAGUUAAUUUUGCUUUAAUAUAAUUAG